CGCCCCUGCCUCUUCCCGCGCCUCCCAGUUUCAUGUUUCCCAUCUUCCGGAACCUACUGGUAGAUCACACCGUUGCAGUUUCAAUUAGGGCUGAACGAGAACCAGAAAUGGAAACCCAAUUCGAAGACGCGGCCUCGCCGUCGCCGUCGUAUUACAGCAUUCUGGGUUUGGGACCAGAGUCGUCUCUCGAUGAAAUCAAGCGCGCUUAUCGCAAGCUUGCUAUGAGAUGGCAUCCGGAUAAGUGGGCUGCGACGUCGUCUGCUCUCUUGGGAGAAGCAAAGCGGAGGUUUCAGCAGAUUCAAGAAGCUUAUUCAGUGUUGUCAGACCGAAGAAAAAGAACUCUAUACGAUGCCGGAUUGUAUGACAAAGAAGACGAUGAACCAGACGAGGGGCUCUGUGAUUUUGUCGAGGAAAUGUUGGAUCUUAUGGCACAGCACAAAGAAGAGGACAAGAACUACACGAUGGAGGAGUUGCGGAAGAUGUUAGCAGACAUGGCACAGGAAUUCGAAACCACUUGCGGGUGGGCACUUGGCGACGAUGAUGGUAGGAAUCGUUACCGAGAUGGGAAUCAGUCCAAGAGAGCUAGAAGAGAUGGCGUGAUGAUGGUUGGAUGAUCAGCCGGAGGUUUGGGCUCACAUGGAUCAACUGCUGCUACUUUCUGCAACUGAUGAGGCAGGCCAUUACUGACCCAAUUGACCACUUGCAUUCCGAUGUCCCCCAGGUGCACAAUGGACUUUGGCGUACUGAUUUUUUUUGCUGUACUGCCAGUGAGUGGGCUUCCCAAAACGAACGAGAUUUUGUUUUGUUGGAGAGUGGAUGUAGUCGAGCUUCCUGUCAAUUAGAAAAGAUGUGUAAUAAGCGUCGAUGGAAUGUAACUGAAGGGAUGGUCAGAUUAUUUGGACG